AUGAAGAACGAGGAUGAUCGCUCCAUUUUUGCUUGGGGAUUUGACACCGUUGGAAGCAGAAUAUCCUGUUUCGCCAAUUCACCAGCGGACUUUGCAGGCUGUGGUGACCUCGACGAUUUUAGAACAGUCGGUACCCAUUCCGGCCAUGUUGUAAUGACAAAUAAGGGAUUGAGUAUGGAGAUGCGCAUCAUUCGACUUACGACUGGAGAUUACAUUGGACAACUCACCGGCAAAAUCCUAGACAGAUUGGUGUACCUUGCGAUACCGUUAAUAAGGCAUAGGCGGAAGGAAAACGUGUUCUACCUACCUCGAAUCAACGUUCCUCAGCCGGAUCUGAGCCGGGGCUGGUGUUACACGAGCCCCGGUGAAGGUUUUAAUGGGACGGACAGAACAAUCUUUCUGGGCUGCAGCGACCAACGUGGAGAGAAGUUUGCCAUCAAGAUUGACUACACCUUCCAGCUUGCUCAUUCUACCAAAUUUUCUCCUUUCCUUCGGCCCAUGACCGCACACAUUUACGCCUCAUCCCUUGUGACUGACCACGGCCGCUCGCUCUUGGAACGCAUUAUUUCUACAGGGCACUUAAUUGGAAUAACGAUGGAUUGGAAGGAAGACCUCGCCUUGGGCCGGAUUGAGGCAUCCGGUAUUGCUGGCGAGUUUCACAGCGGCUCCACCUGGUGGUUGAAAUUGGAUGGGUCUGACAGGAACAGAUGGAAGAUUGACGUUGUCGAUGGUUUCAAACUUCACUUCCCCGGAUUCCUGUGGGCAAGGCACUCCCCAAUAUCUGAAUUCGGAGGAUCCAAGAUCAAAGCUUGUAGGGUGUAUCCGCAGGUACACAGAGAUCGGCUGAGAAAUCCCACAAAGAAACGAAGAUGGUAUUGA